AUGACGACACCUAUAACAAUUACACCAAAACCUACUACAAUACCAAUUACGUCCACAUCAUCAACACCAAUAACUGAAACUACUUCAGAAUUUAAAUCUUCCACUAGAAAAUAUCAUAAAACAGGAAAGUAUUCUAAAAAACAAACACGUUCAUAUGUACCUACAAUAUUACCAAAGAAUGCUGCUAUUCCUUCUACCACCACUACAUCGACUACAAAUGCAAAUUUAACUCCAAUCUAUCCAUUAACAACACAGUCUACUACUCAAAUAACAACAACGUCAUCAUCAACACCAACUACUACUAUGGCACAACCACCAUCUUUAAUGUAUUCACAUCAUCAUCAACCUAAACAAUUUUAUCAACAACAACAACAACAACAUCAAAGCGGUUCAGCCGUUACAAAUCCUCCUUCUUCCCGUGAUCCAAGAUCAUCAUAUCAAGAGUUGGCGAAUUCAAAAACUGCCGAAGAAGUUUCUCAUCACAAUCAUCUUGUGCAAAGAUUCGAUUCAGCCAUAAAGAAAGAUCAAAUAUCUGUUUUUCAACCUGAUUACAGAACACAUUUUCGUUCAUAUCAGGAUGCAGUAUCCAGACUUUUACCUUAUCACAUAUUUGAUUAUCCACAAGAGGAUAUGAAAGCUAAUGAUCAAAUAAACGAAUUAGACGCAAUUAUGGAUAAAUUUGAUGAACUUAUCAAAAAAGAGGCAAAGUUACCAUAUUCAAUUCACACAAAUCUUUGCGAGAAACUAAUUUAUGAAAAUGAAAAGGCAAAAACUGCAACACUUCGAGAAGAAUGUUUUCAACUUGCUGAACUUUUAAAGAAAACUCCAAGAUGA